CCUAUAUAUACUGCACUAUUGUGUGAUCACGAUCCAUCGAUAUAUAUAUAUGAUCUGUCUUGUGAGUUGAUCAAUCCAUUCGUGACGUGCUAAAGCUUUAGCUGAAGAUCCAAAAAAAAAAAAAGAUAGUUAGGCUAGCUAACAUUAAUUUAUGGCUGCCACGCCGUGGCCGGCGCCGGGGACGACGAUGACGUCGUCGUUGCUGGCGCUCCUGCUGGUGGUGGCGGUGGCGGUGGCGGAAGCGGCGGUGCCGGCGGACACGGCGCGGGAUGUAAGCCGCGUAAACCGGCAGGGGCCGUUCGUCGGUGUGGUGGUGCCCAACGGGUUCGAGAUGGAGCCGCUCCUCCACUCGCCGGAGUUCUCGUCGGCCAGGAAGCUGCCUGCUUACCUCGACGUCGCAGGAAGGAGAUUUCGCUUCGGAACAAUAGGAGAGAAGAAGGUGAUUGUCGUCAUGACAGGCCUUGGCAUGCUCAACUCCGGCGUGACCACCCAGCUCCUCCUCACCCUCUUCGACGUCGAGGGCAUCGUCCACUUCGGCAUCGCCGGCAACGCCGACCCCGACCUCCACAUCGGCGACGUCACCGUGCCGCGCUACUGGGCGCACACCGGCCUCUGGAACUGGCAGCGCUAUGGCGAUGGGCCGGAGAAGGAGCUCGCGCUGGAGUCCAAUGGCGACUACACGCGAAAGUACGGGGCGCUCAACUUCUCCGACUAUAGCGUCGGCGGCGACAAGCCGGCAGCAGGCAACCUGCUGAACAGCGUGUGGUACCAGCCGGAGGAGGUGUUCCGGGCGGGCGGCACGCCGGAGUCCCGCGGCCACGAGUUCUGGGUCCCCGUCGACGACCGGUACUACCAGCUCUCCCGGAAGCUGGAGGCGAUGACGCUGGAGCGCUGCGUCAACGGCUCGGGGGCGGGGGCGACGCCGACGCCGACGUGCCUGCCGCGGCGGCCGGCGGUGGCGCGCGUCGAGCGCGGGUGCAGCGCCAGCGUGUUCGUCGACAACGCGGCGUACCGGCAGUUCCUGCGGUCCAGGCUCGGCGUGACGGCGAUCGACAUGGAGACGGCCGCUGUCGCGCUCGUGGCGCUGCAGCAGAGGACGCCGUUCAUCGCCAUACGGUCGCUCUCCGACCUCGCCGGCGGCGGCUCGGCGGAGUCGAACGAGGCCGGCGCGUUCGCGGCGCUGGCGUCGCAGAACGCCGUGGCCGUCGCCAUCCGCUUCAUAACGCUGUUAAGCUAAUUAGAUAUGUACUCUUUCGAUUCUUUUUACAGUACACCAAAGUAGUGUGAGCCAUCCAUUAAACAUUGUUAUUAUUAAUCAUUGCAACAAAAUAAGGAAAAGAAUCAUGUUUUCUUGCAUGUACACCAAAUCACAAUGAAUACAUUGAAAAAUAUACUAAAAAUAUUCAA